AUGAUCGUUAAAUAUUCAAAGAAAACUUUGUUCAUUCUCGAUCUUUUACGAAUAUAUCUGUCUAUCUAUUACAUAUUGAUUUCCAACUUACACAGUACAAUCAUGUUUCACUGGUGGAUUUUGGAAGCUUUGGAAAACGUGGCCGCUUUUCUAUUCGAUGCAGCUUCAAGAGUCGCCCAUCAUGGACAUGAUGGCUCAUACGAUGAUGAUUUCUACGAUCGUUUGUCUCGUCGUUACUCAGUUAUACUUCUGAUUAUAUUCGCUGUACUUGUCUCAACGAAACAAUACGUCGGAGAACCAAUAGCGUGUUUUUGUCCUGCACAUUUCACAGGUACACAUGUGGAAUAUACGAAUAAUAUCUGUUGGAUCUCCAAUACUUAUUUCGUCUCGUUCGAUCGUUUGUUACCGAAAAAUCCCGAUCCCAAAACUGAACAGUUCAUCUAUUUCUACCAGUAUGUUCCGUUUAUCCUGAUCAUUCAAGCAGUUCUUUUCUACGCUCCAUCGCUGAUCUGGUCAUCGCUGAAUUCCAAAAGUGGCUAUGACUUGAGCUUACUUGUAUCACAUGCUCGAGUUGUCGAUACAUACGCAUCGGAAAUUCGCAGUGCAUCCGUUCGUCAUCUCGCUCGUUUUAUUGAUAAAGCCCUUGAAUUUCACAGACAUAAACGUUUAGAGUACAUCGAUCAAUUGCGUUCAAUGAAGUAUACGUCAAUCUCGUCACUGUAUGCAUUUUUCCUUCUGAAUAAUCACAUCACAAUGCGCGAUAAUCAUCUUAUGUGGUCUUUCCUCUUUUCUAAAUUGCUCUAUUUACUUAACGCAUUUGGUCAACUUUAUUUGCUCAAUUUUUUCCUUGGCAAUGAUUAUCAUAUGUACGGUUUCGCAGUACUGCGUGCUCUAUUCACAGGAAAUAAUGAAAAUUGGACUGUUACACCAAGAUUUCCUCGAGUAACAUGGUGUAAUUUUGCCGUACGAAAUUUGGCGGAUAACAUUCAUACAUAUACAGUGCAAUGUAGUCUACCAAUAAAUUUAUUCAAUGAGAAAAUCUUUCUGAUCAUUUGGUUUUGGCUUUAUUUUACAACUCUGUGUACAUUAUUCGGUUUUCUCUAUUGGACAAGUUCGUUUUUCUAUCCGCAAUUUUAUAAAUCACAUAUUACACGUUAUCUGUCGUCAAUGAAACGCAUUAAUAUACAUCAUUUCCCUCAAAAUCCAUAUCAGGAGCAUCACCAAUCCUUUCGACAUCAUCCGUAUCAUUUCCAUCAUCACAAUCAGACUCUUCACCAUCAUCAUUCGAGUUACCAUCGUCGCCAGUCGUUUGCACAUGCUCAUUACGGUGCCGGCGGUGGAAGUCAUUAUGGUUCGUUACAUAUGGGUCAUCCUCAUCAUAGUAUUUUAUCGUCGUUUGCUAGUCGAACACUGAAGCCGCAUCUGGAUCUCGUUCGUCUGUCGCGCGUACGUGAACAGCUGAGUGUACCGAUAUCGACAACAUCGGAAACAAAUGAACUUAACGCUGCAUCAUCAGGCGAUGAACAAAGUCCGCCAUCGCCUUCAACUCCUCAACAAGGUCAAACAACCAGUCACGGAUCAUUCUCGGUUUCAAUCGAUGAUGAACGUUCUUUGACACAUUUUCUGACAGAGUAUCUCGGUCGAGAUGGCAUACUUGUUCUUUAUAUUUUACAAAUGAAUACAAACGAAGUUAUAACAGGUGAAAUUGUUACAGCGCUAUACGAAUUGUAUAAAACAAAUGCACGGACGAAUACCGCAGAUUGA